ACAAACGUAAACAAAAAACAAUACAUAUUAAAAAUAUUACUGAUUUAUGACGUAACCUAGAUGAUUUCGGGAUUGAGAAUUUAUUUACAAAAAUGGCAACUUUCAAGUGCUGUAUGGUUUCUCAAUGUACAAGUUCAACAACAAGGACUCCAGAAAAGAUAUUUGUUCCGGUCCCAAUAGAUCCUAACAGACGGAAAAAAUGGCUUAACUUAACAAAUCGAAAACGAAGUGUUGGACCUAAGUCAAAUGUCUAUAUGUGUGAAGAUCAUUUUAAUAUGCAUGAGGAUAUCAUUAAUUACAUGCAAUUCAAAAUGGGUUUCGCUAAAAAACUACUAGUGAUGGAUACGGCUGUGCCAUCAAAAUUUAAUUGCCAAGAAGAUCACAAGAAACGGCUGUGUGACCUUAGUGACUGUCAUUUGUUUAUUUGUGAAGAAAAUAUUAAACUUGAAAAAGAAUUAAAUACUGAACUAAUAAUUAAAGAAGAAAUAUUUGAAGAAAGAGACAUAACGGAACAUGAACUUAUUCAAGAAGAACUACUAGAAAAAACUGUUACAAAUACAAUAGAACCUAGAAGAAAAGUACAUUUAAAUGAGCACAUCUUACCGUACGAAUUUGUAGCUAUUAAACUUGAACAACAAUUGAAUUCAGAAGAAUACAUCAAGGAUGGAAUAUUAGAUGAAAAUGUUUUAGAACAUCAGCGUACAGAAAUUAGAAAUAAAUCUUCGGCUACAGUAGUGUUUGCACAAUAA